CGAAUCGUUAGUUCGUCGGAACGAGACGAGCUCAUUUGAAGGAGUUGAUAGUCCAAACUUCAGCGGAGAAGCAUGUGCGACUCCUCGCGGAUUUUAAUUGUGCUCGCUGCCCUCGUGGUGGCAAUGGCAGCAGCAGAGAGAGAAAAUAUUACGUACACUUCGGUGGUUCGAACGGCGAGUGGACCUGUGAGGGGUGAAAUUGUCGAGACCGUCAGAAGAUCCGUCAAGUACUCGUCUUUCCGGGGAAUCCCCUACGCCGAGCCACCCUUGAAGCGACUAAGAUUCAGGCCACCAGUUCCCAAAGCGAAAUGGAGCCAAGUUCUCAAUGCCACGGCCGAGGGCAAUGUUUGUCCGCAAUUGGACCAGAUAAGCAUACAGUUUAUGGGAGACGAAGAUUGUCUGUACUUGAAUGUCUACACUCCUCUCACUGGCUUUGAGAAUUUGAAUAAAAGCGAUGCAAAAGCAGUGAUGGUCUGGAUACACGGCGGGGCCUUCACCUCGGGUUUCAAGAAUCGCGACCUCUACGGGCCUGACUUUUUAAUCGAGAACGACGUCGUCGUGGUCGCGAUCAACUAUCGCAUCGGAAUCUUAGGUUUCUUAAACUUGAAUCACCCGAACGCCACCGGCAAUCAAGGCCUCAAGGAUCAGAAUCUAGCUCUCAGGUGGACAAAGAAAAACAUCGAUUUGUUCGGCGGCGACCCCGGCAGGAUCACCAUAUUUGGCCAGAGCGCCGGUGCAGCCUCGAUCGAUUAUCAUAUGCUAUCGGACAUGUCGCGCGGUUUAUUUAGAAAUUCGAUCGCGAUGAGCGGCUCGGUGCUCGACUACUAUUGGGGAUUCAGCAGCGGUAGGGAGGCCGAAUUUAACGCCUACACGCUCGCCGCUGGCUUGGGCAUUAUAAUAAGAAGCAAAGAUCGGAUUCUGGAAAAGCUCUACGAGGCGUCGGUGAAAGACAUUUUGGUGCAGGAGCUCGGAAAUUCGCCGUUAGCUUUCAGACCUUCCAUCGAGAGGGCCGUUCCUUUUGGAAAUGAGCGAAGAUUUCUCAAAUCUUGCCCGAUGAAGCUUUUCAAGGCGGGAAAAUACAACAGAGGCCCUCACAUGAUGGGCUACAAUUCGCUCGAAUUGAGUUUCUGGCCCAAAAGCGCAGUUUUCAUCGGAUUCCGGAACAUAUUGGAAAGAACAUUGAACGUGACAUAUCAACCGGACGAUCCUUUUUUCAAACAUCUUCAAACGCAGCCUGUCGGUCGUUUGAUAAAAAAAAUAGCACCGACGAUACGAAACAUUCUUGACGUUUCAUCGGAUUUUGUGUUCGCCGCUGGAAUAGACACAAAGCAACGUUUGAUGUCAAAAAAUAAUAAAUUUCCAAUAUACUAUUAUUAUUCGAACUAUUCGGGUGGAUUAAUAAAAACUGCGAAUGAAAUUUUUGGCUUUGAUGGUGUAGGGCACGCGGAAGAUUUGCCGUUCCUCUUCAACUUUUCUCUGCUGAAUAUUUCAUUCCUAGACACGGGUGUCAACAAGAUGAUCGACACGUACACCGGCUUGUGGACUAAUUUCGCCAAAUACAACAAUCCAACGCCGACGAACGAGACUCUGGGAAUGUUGUGGCCUCCGUCGGGGGUAAAAGGACGACUUCUGCAAAUCGAUCUACCACCGAAGCUGAAGCCCCGACGCGUCACCAAAAUCGUGGCACGCGCCCAGUCUCGCGGAUUGGAAAAAUUACCACUGCUGAACGAUUGCGGAUUCAACGACGAGUUGCACUGAGUCACACAGAUCCGUUCUUUAUAGAAUAUAUGGAAGUCGGACAAGCGAUCGCGCGCAGUCGAUGUCGCGGCAGAAAAAAAUGUUAUCGCUGCUCGAUCGCUGCGCACUUCGUAUUGUUUUCUUAGUGGUUUGACUUGUAUUUGAAUUAAAUGAAAAAUACAUAGUGGAAAGUUCGUUGCCCAGCUCAUAAGCUUGUAAAUUUUUAUG